AUGAACGAGGGCUCGUCGUGGCAUGGCAUCACCCACCACCACUCGUCCACGUUUGACACGCUCGCCAUGGACCCGGUGCUCAAACAGUCCAUCGUCGAUGACCUCGACAGGUUCCUAGGGAGAAGGGACUACUACCGCCGCAUCGGCAAGGCGUGGAAGUGCGGGUACCUGCUCUAUGGCCCGCCUGGCACCGGCAAGUCUAGCCUCAUCGCCGCCAUGGCCAACUACCUCCGCUUCAACCUCUACGACCUCGACCUCUUGGAGGUGCGCUAA